AUGGAGUCGAUAGCUGCUGAGGCACCGCCGAUUCCACGCAAGCCAUCAUGCGUUCUUUGCAAAUCGCGGAAAGUCAAGUGCGAUCGCGAGAGCCCGGCGUGCGGAGGCUGCGUCAAGCUAGGCGCAGAGUGUGUACCACGCGAAAACUCAAAGACACGGAACCGGAAGAAGCCCAAUGUUGAACUUCAACGAAGACUGGCGCGAUGCGAGGAACUACUCCAACAGUUCGUGGCCGCAGAAAAGCGCGAGAAGAGUAGCGAUGGUACUCGUACGGAGCCUAGUCCGAAAAGCGAUACAAGUACAAAGAUUGAGGAUCAGGGUCGGAGCCGGGAUCGCGAAAUGCAAGCGCUUGAGAACUCUCUUGGGAAGCUCGUUAUCGACAAAGGGUCUGUCAGAUUUACUGAUAGCACCCCUUGGGCCACGGUAUUCGAUGAGUUGCAAGCCAUGAGAGCAAUCGUGGAGGACGCCGACAGUCCUGCGAGCCUAUCGAGCCUACCGGAAACGACGACGAUUCAACAACCGUCCAUUGCGAAUGAGGCAAACAUCAUGGACGUCAGAGAGCCCAGUGCCCGCAACCCGCAACAUCUGCAUCCGCCUUCGAGUCAUGCCAUGCUGCUAUGGCGGAUGUUUGUAGAUCGAGUCAACCCAAUAACGAAAUUCAUUCACGUGCCGUCCACGCAACGUCAUCUGGUCCAGGCCACGGCCACUCCGCCGUCUUUGCCGCGAGACAUGGAAGUUGUGAUUCCGGAUCGAGAGAGUGCUCACGCGAAUUGGGUCAUGAGCGGCGUCUGUAUUCGGAGUGCCCAACGUCUGGGGCUACACCGAGAUGGCUCACAACUGGGAAUUUCCCCCUUCCAAACAGAGCUACGAAGACGCGUCUGGUGGAAUAUUGUACUACUCGAUUUUCGAUUCGCCAUGGCCUCUGGAUUCAACCCAACUCCGUUGUCACGUGCUUGCAGCUGCAAAAUGCCCACCAAUAUCAACGACGCCGAUUUCGAUGUCGAUACCGCGACUCCCCUCGAAAAUAGAGAUGGCCCGACUGAGAUGAUUGUCUCUUUGGUGGUUUGCAGCUUGUCGCGAUGUCUCACUCAGCGAACCAAUUUGAGCCAUGCCAUGUUCGUCGUCGAAAAGAGUGACGUGUCAGACGAGCUCAGUCGACUUCACAGUAUCGAGCUGGAGAAGUUCGUCGUCAACUUUGAAGAGUUUUUAGAGGAUAUCGUGAAGCGUUAUUGCGAUCCGAGUGCGGGGGAUCUGCAUGUAUUGGCUUUGCAGCUAAAAGCAGCCAUGGUCGACAAGAUUCGAAUCAUGGCAUGCAAGCCCAAGGGGGCUGUGGAGCCACCGCCUGAGGCGAAAGGGGACAUCCUGUUUCGUGUUUCACUCGAGGCGGCUGAACACGUUGCGAACCAUCUUCAGGUGAUGGAGGGUUGGAACUUUGUGUGGUACGUCCUUCAGUAUCUCGAGUACGACUUGUUCCUCCACAUGAUCGGUCGACUGUGUCUCCAGUCAACCGGCGACUUGGUCGAUCGAGCAUGGAAGGUGCUGCCCAUCAUAUACCAAUACCAGGAAAACUAUUUCGAAAUGUCGGUUCACCCAUAUGCCGUCGCAGGAGCGGUUCUUGUUAGGGCCUGGAGACACAGGCAGGAAAGCUUGCUCUCCCAGUUGGGCUACCUGCCCCCGACCCCAGAUUAUGUUCAAAGAGUUGAACAGUGUUUGGCGGCCAAUGGCUCAGUUGGCAGUUCCCCUCCCGAGCUGAUGCCUCCUUCAGGAAGGGCUGCGCCAGAGCAUACCGGGUGGGAGGAAUCAGAAUGGGGAUGGAAUCCGCCCGGGUUCGGCAUUGAAACCUACGAUCUUGAGUAUAUAGUAGAAGAAGACUCAUUGGCGUGGCCUCCGUCUCAGUAG